AUGACAAAUGGGAUGUCUACCAUUUCCAUGACUUUGAGCAAAGCUGCAUCUCCAGAAAGGGGGUCUCCAACUAAAGAUUCUCCAAUGAAAGGUAACCAAAAGAAAAAGAAGCAUAGUGGUGUACAUGAACGUUUUCCUUGUAAGCAGAGAGAGCAAAUGAUAUGGAGGCCAAUAUCCACUUCCAAACCUAAAGGAGCUCCUGUUGAGGAUAAUAUUUCUGGUUCAGUUUCAGCAGAGCCCAUGGAUUUAGUACAUGAAGAACAAAUCACACCUGCAGUACCACAGACGGUUGUUGAUCAGGGGAGCACAAUAAACUUACCAUCCAUCAACAAGACUAAUGCCCAUUCCGUCAACUUCCACAAAAAAAUGAUAGGCAGACCCAACAGGAAGUGGAAACGCUCAUCUAGUAAAUCUUCCUCAGUUGGUUUUUUAAGCUCUUGUCAUUUUUCUGCUGGUGGUAAAAGGAAGUCCCUUGAGGUGGACCAUACGCAUACCCAUAUUACACAACCUUACAAAAGGAGGCUCUUGAUCUCACAAAGUAGCCAAGGUUUGGAGGCAUUUGGUACUGCCAAGACUACGGUGUCUGGUAGAUUAGUUAAGAAUUAUAAGCCUAGUAUUUUGUUUAUGAUGGAGUCUAAGGCUAGUAAGGUUAAUGUGUUGGCUUGGCAACAAUCUUCUAUUUUUAAUAAUUCCGUUGUAAUAGAUCCUGUAGGACUUAGUGGUGGUUUGUGUCUUUUUUGGGUUGAUGGUGUUCAGUUAAGUGUGCUUUAUCAGAAUGCCAAUAUAAUAGUUACUAAGGUUAAGGAAACUACAGUCCUGGAAUGGCUUGCCAUUUUUCUGUAUAGUCCCCCUUCGCAGCAAGACAGGGCUGCAUUUUGGUCACAUUUAAAUGGGAUCAUCCAGGGUUUUAGACAUCCCAGUAUCUUGUUAGGGGAUUUUAAUCAAAUCUUAGAUCAGGAGGAUAAAUUUGGUGGGCGCCCAGUUAGGCCUCAAGACACAAGAAACAUACAGCAGCUACUGUCUUCUAAUGACUUAGAGGAAUUGAAGCAUUUGGGUUAUUGGUAUACAUGGACAAACAAGAAACAAGGGCAUGAGGCAAUUUUUGAAAGGUUGGAUCGUGCUUUUAUCAACAAGCAAUGGCUUACCACUUUUAACAAGGCUAUCAUAAGGAACCUUCCAAUCAUAAGCUCGGAUCAUGGCCUAAUUCUUGUGGGUUUGUGGGUUCAAGAACCUGCUCAACUUCGCUCUCUGCUUUUGAGUCACUUCUCAAAUAUUUACAUGUCAGUGGACUCAAGCUCUCUGAAUUCUCAGUCUUCCUCAUUCCUCACCUGUCUUCUUGCAAAUAAUCAUACUAAACGGAAGGUAAUCUCAGGCAAGGAUAUCCCUAUAUCAGCAAACUGGAUUCCUGAUACACAGAAUCCGAUUGGAGUUCAUUCCAUUUCAGCUAUGUCUAACUUAACUGUGGACCGUUUUAUUCAUCCAAAUGGUCAAUGGAAGAUUCAGGCUCUUAGGAAUUUCUUUCCCGAUCAUAUUAUCUCCCACAUUACUGGGAUCUUUAUAGAUCCGGCAAGACUACAUCAAGAGGAUAAGCUCCAUUGGACACUUACUGAUCAUGGGACUUACACAGUUAAAUCCGGGUAUCAAUUGGCCAUCAACGCCCUCCUGCCACAGCCCGUACCAAGUCCAGCAACUCAGAAUGCAGAGAAAUUAGCUUGGAAACGACUAUGGAAUUCUAGAGUUCAACCUAAGCACAAGUUUCUCUUCUGGAGAGCAAUACUCAAUGCUCUUUCUACUCGGUCAGAACUAUGCAAAAGGGGAGUUCAAGUGAACCCAUUAUGCCCCAGAUGUGGUUGGCAAGAAGAAGAUAGCUUACACUUAUUCUUUAAGUGUGAAGCCUCUCGGGACAUCUGGGCCUUGGCUUUUCCUCAAUUUGGCUCGAUAUUCAAUUCUACAUAUGACUCCUUGCAUCAAUGGUUCAUUCAGUGGACUCAGUCUCAUCCAGCUAAAGAGGAGGUUGAUUUGUUUCUGAUCAUCAGCUGGAGGAUCUGGCUGGAAAGGAAUGAUAAAAUUUGGAGAAACCAAUCUCAUGAUCCGGCGGUAUCUUGGAGACUUAUCCAAAAUGAAGUCACUCUCCAUAAGCAAAGCCUUGGCAGUCUGAUAGUUGGAAGACCUUCUCCCAACAUACAAUCAUCACUACCACAGAGGGGUCCGACUGAUUCCUUAGUCAUUUUUGAUGAUCCGUUUAGCCAUCAAACCCGCAAAGCGGUUGGUGCUUGGAAGAUACUAUCACAUCAUGGGAUGGUGAUGCAAAUUAAAGUGGUGGACCUAAGUAUGCUUUCUCCUUUUCAAGCCCAGGCAAUGACUUGUCUCUUGGCAUUGAAAGAGGCGUUACAUUUAGGGAUCACUCGACUUCAAGUUUAUACGGAUUGUGAAGCUCUGACUGGAGAUUUACGGUCUGCUUUACUACCUUCUGAGGCCCAGGGGGUAGUUUCUUUGUUAGUAACUAGUAUUUCCUUAUUUCGGUCUUGCUCACUGAUUAAAGUGAGUAGACAAGAUGUUGUAGAAGUUCAUAAUUUAGCAUUCCAUAGAAUGUGA